AUGACGGUUUCAUACACCCUCAAAGUAGCGGAGGCCCGCUUCGGAGGCUUCUCUGGCCUGCUUCUCCGCUGGAGGGGAAGCAUCUACAAGCUCCUCUACAAGGAGUUCCUCCUAUUCAUCGCCCUGUAUGCUCUGCUCAGCAUCACCUACCGGCUGUUGCUGACCCAGGAACAGAGGCAUGUGUAUGCUCAGGUGGCCCGAUACUGCAACCGCUCUGCAGACCUCAUCCCCUUGUCCUUUGUACUAGGUUUCUACGUGACCUUGGUGGUGAACCGCUGGUGGGCCCAGUACACAAGCAUCCCACUGCCGGACCAGCUGAUGUGCGUCAUCUCGGCCAGCGUGCACGGCGUGGACCAGCGCGGCCGCCUGCUGCGCCGCACCCUCAUCCGCUACGCCAACCUGGCGUCGGUACUGGUGCUGCGCUCGGUCAGCACCCGCGUGCUCAAGCGCUUCCCCACCAUGGAGCACGUGGUGGACGCAGGUGCCGCGCUGGGGGAGCCCUGGAGCGGGCGGGACCGGACCUGCCUCGCGGGCCUCCUGGGAGGGGAAGUUUUACCACUAGGGGGAGCUCCAAGGCGGUGA